UGCGACUCAGAUUGAAGCCAAAGAGUAGGUUUAACUUAACACGUUCUGAAACGUGUUCAAAACCGGCGUCGUCGUUCGAGUGUAGUGUAACAAAUGCAGAGGAUUUGUCGAGUUGUGUUCAUUUCAUUGAUAAAAUUUUAUACAAUUUCCAUCAAGCGUAUAAAUAACUGUUUGUAAAACAUCUUUUUAUUUAAAGAUAGUGUUAAAAUUUAUAACCUUUAGAGUAUUAUUUUAUAAUAACCUAUCCUCGUAAAGUCAAUAAUUCAACAAGCCUGAAGUCGAGCCGACCGAGCGAGAAAUGGCUACUGCCAUUGAAGAAAAUGUUGAAAUUGACUGGGGCAACGAAAGACUCAGUCGUGCUCAACGAGCUGUGGAAGCCAAUGUUUACGAUGUGGACUCGUGGUCACUUCUUAUUCGGGAAGCCCAAACUCGGCCGAUCAAUGAUGUGCGCUCAAUGUACGAGAGUCUUAUUACUGCAUUCCCUACUACGGGAAGGUUUUGGAAGAUAUAUAUUGAGCAGGAGAUGAAAGCGCGGAACUUUGAGAAAGUGGAGAAGCUCUUUCAGCGGUGCCUGAUGAAGAUCCUAAACAUCGAACUGUGGCGAUUGUACCUCAACUAUGUUAAGGAGACAAAGUGUAUGCUGCCAACAUACAAAGAGAAAAUGGCGCAGGCGUACGACUUCGCACUAGACAAGAUAGGUCUGGACAUCCACGCGUACCCGAUUUGGAACGACUACGUGACGUUCCUGAAGAGUGUGGACGCUGUGGGCAGCUACGCUGAGAACCAGAAAAUAUCCGCUGUCAGGAAGGUUUAUCAAAGGGCAGUUAUAACACCUAUCAUUGGUAUAGAGACCUUGUGGAAGGACUACAUAGCUUUCGAGCAAAGCAUCAACAAUAUUAUCGCUGAACGCAUGGCCAUGGAAAGAUCCAGGGAAUACAUGAACGCACGCCGGGUUGCCAAGGAAUUGGAAACGGUGACCCGCGGCCUUAACAGGAACAUGCCUGCGACGCCGCCUACCGUCGACAGGGAGGAAAUGAAACAGGUGGAGCUUUGGAAAAAAUACAUAUCGUGGGAGAGAUCGAACCCUCUCCGCUCCGAAGACACGGCCCUGGUCGCCCGCCGGGUCAUGUUCGCCAUAGAACAGUGUCUGCUGUGUCUGGCGCACCAUCCUGACGUGUGGCAUCAGGCGGCCAUGUUUUUAGACCAUUCCGCUAAACUCUUACAAGAGAAAGGGGAUUCGAACGCGGCGCGCCUGUUCUCGGACGAGGCGGCGGCCGUGUACGAGCGCGCCACCAGCGGCCCGCUGAAGCAGUCCACGCUGCUGCACUUCGCGCACGCCGACUACGAGGAGAGCAGGCUGCAUUAUAACAAGGUGCACCAAGUAUACACCCGCUACUUGGACAUGGAGGACAUCGACCCCACGCUGGCGUACGUCCAGUACAUGAAGUUCGCGAGGCGGGCGGAAGGCAUCAAGUCCGCUAGGACCGUCUUCAAGAGGGCUAGAGAGGACUCUAGAUCUCGCUACCAUGUGUUCGUAGCGGCGGCACUUAUGGAAUAUUACUGCUCCAAAGAUAAGAACAUUGCGUUCAGAAUAUUCGAGCUCGGUUUGAAGAAGUUCUCGCAUAUACCCGAGUAUGUUUUGUGUUAUAUCGAUUAUCUGUCACAUUUGAAUGAGGACAAUAACACGCGGGUCCUGUUUGAACGUGUUCUAUCUUCGGGUAGUUUGAAGCCGUCCAGUUCCGUGGACAUAUGGAACCGGUUCCUGGAGUUCGAGUCCAACAUUGGUGACCUGGUCUCCAUCGUAAAGGUCGAGAAGAGGAGACAAGCGGUUUUAGAAAAGAUCAAAGAGUUUGAAGGCAAAGAAACCGCCCAACUUGUGGACAGAUACAAGUUUUUAGAUCUUUAUCCUUGCACUAUUGCUGAGCUCAAAUCUAUCGGUUACACGGAGGUGGCGUGUAUGUCCAACAAGUCGUGGGCGCUGGGCGGGCCGCUGGCGGGCGUGUCCCCGGAACUGGCCGCCGUCAUAUUGGGGCAGAAAGACAACGACCCUAACAAAGACAUCGCGCGGCCGGACACGAGCCAGAUGAUACCGUACAAGCCGAAAUCGAACCCGCUACCCGGCGAGCACCCCAUACCGGGCGGCACGUUCCCCAUGCCGCCGGGCGCGGCGCACGUGUGCACGCUGAUGCCGCCGCCCGCCUGCUUCCGCGGGCCCUUCGUGGCCGUGGACCGGCUGAUGCAGCUGUUCAACAGGAUCUCGCUGCCGGACAAACCCCCUGCGCCCACGCAAGAGAACGGCUGCGACACGAAGCUGUUCGAUUUGGCGCGCUCCGUGCAUUGGAUCGUGGACGAUGAGGGAAUCACCACCGUUUCCAAUAAGGCUCGCAGAAGGAAAGCUGGCGAGGAUUCCGAUGACGAUGACCUCGGCGUGGCCCCGCCUCUCAACGACAUCUAUCGGCAGAGGCAGCAGAAGAGGGUCAAGUAGAUAUAGUUGUCAAAUAGUUAAUAGUUGUCAAAUAGUUAAUAGUUGUCAAAUAGUUAAUAGUUGUCAAAUAGUUAUAGUUGUCAUAUCGAUAUAGUUGUCGAUAGAACUUGCUAGACGCAGAAAUAAGAACGGUUUAAAGCGGAUGGUCUUUUGGGAAUUUCUAUAAAUAAAAGUAGCCUUUAGUAUUUAACUACUACAUACUUUUUAUUGCGUUACGAAUGAAAAUUAAAAUAUUGUCUCCUCGUAUUAUUGAUAUGAUGUGUGGAAGAGAAUUUUGUAAUUUACACAUCAAUAUUUUAUGUAUUCUUUAUAAAAAUCUGAAUAGUAUCCCUUACUUAUAAAUGCGAAACUCUGUUCGCUUUCACAGCUAAACCGCUGGACCGAUUCGAAUGAAAUUUGGUAUGGAUAUUGUUAAAACCCCUCUCUCAUUCUUAUAUAGGAUACUUAAAAAUCAUACCCACUUAAUACUAAAAUGGGAGGUGAAAGUUAAAACUUUGUGACAAGUCGACAAUCACGUUGGCGAAUCCGCGGGCAAAAGCUAGUCUUCUUCGUCGUUACCUUUUCCCACUUUCGACGUGGGGUCGGCACAGUAUGUUAGUUUUUUCCAAUUACUUCUGUCAAUUGCCAUCUCACUGGUCACUCCCUCUCUCCUCAUACUAUCCCUUACGCCGUCCAUCCAUCUCUUUUUCGGUCUUCCCCUAUUUCUUGAACCUUUCACUUCCAUAUUUAAGGCUUUUUUAGUAACAUGACCUUCCUCUCUUCUCAUGAUGUGUCCGUACCAACCCAGUUUAAGGAGUAUAUAAUUUAGAUUUCUAUGUGUGUGUGUUAUAUUUGUGCGCAAUAAAAAGUGAUUUAAUUUUAAUAUUUCAUUUUGAAUACUCUGAAAAUCUGUCUUCAUACUAAUUACAUUAUUUCUCCUCUUAAAUCGUAUCUUUAAUUGCAUUCUGAGCUUCAUACCACGGACUCCAUACCACGUUGCAUGUCCACUCCUGCUAUAAACCCACAUAUAUUCACUAGAUGGCGUUAUACAGAAAGUGAUGGUGACCACGCGGAAAUUUCAAGGUAUACAUUUCUUUUUUGUAAAUGCGAUUGUGACUUUGUAAAAGUGAUCUAUUUAGUUUGUAAAACCGUGGGUACUAAUAUUUUAAGUAUUAAUAAUGCGCUACUUGGUAACGGGUACUAAAACCCCGAAAUGAAUGUUUUUGAACCUUGACGCCAUGAAAUGUGAAAAUAAUUUGGUAACCUCAAUGUGUUGUAUAAUAUGAAGUAUUUCUUUUAAUAUAAGACUCAUUUUGUAAAAAAUUGUUUUAUUUU